AUAUUCGUUGUGUGUGUGUGUGUGUGUGUUUAGGUCUGUGUUCAGUACCCCUGACCAGGCCUCACCUUGAUCUCAGGACCACAGUGUGUAUGUUAGUGUGUGUGUUAAAACAUCACAUUGGAGGGGGUGAGGGCCAGACAUCCGCAUACGCCUACUGACCUAAACCUCAGCACAUUGUCAGGGACGCGAUGACAUCACUGGGUGAUAAAGGCUCUGUCCAGACACAGACCAAGGUCCUGUCACAGGGCUGCUGGACGCAGGUCAGCUGUCUCUGCUGUGUGUCUGAGCGGGUGGAGCCCCUGGUCCUCAUCCAGCUGUCACACAACGUCCAGCCUGUCACCAAGAGGUGGCUCAUCUCCCUGAUUGAAGCUUCAAAGAGACACGGAGGAGCAUCGUUGCUGGCCCACCCUGGUGAGGAUGAGUGUGGGAAUGUGAUCGUGGUGUCUGCUCCUCGCUGCACCCUUCUCAGAGCCACAGAGGAUCUGGGUCUGUGUAAGAAAUACCGCAAUGAAGAGAUGGUUGCUUUCUCCUACCACGACAGAGACAACUUCACCAAUGUCGAUGACAUGCAGGAGUUCCUGACAUUAGCGGAGCGUCAGUACAUAGUCAAGAUUGAGCUGGACUCUCUACAGGCCCAGAAGAAGCAGAGAAUCCCUGGAGUCCCAGAGGCUCCAGGGGUCCUGAAGGCCUGGGAGAACAUCUGUCAGAAGCUGGAGAGAGCAGGAGUGAUAAAGGACAUCUUCCCUCUACAUGACCAGCAGAGACUGAAUGAAGUCGGCAGAAGGUGGUCCUCUAAGAAGCAGAUAUGGAGACAGCCUCUCGAUGCAAUACAAUCAUAUUUUGGAGGCACCGUGGCAUUUUACUUCAGCUUUCUGCAAUUCUACACCUGGGCCCUGGUGCCCCCUGCCUUCCUGGGCCUGGUCCUGACCUUUCUACAGCCUGCCGGUGGAUUGGGUAGUGGGGUGGUGAAGGAGCAGGCCGGGGAGUGGGUGAUGGAGGAGGAGGAAGAUUAUGGCCCCUCAGUCAGCGGUCACAUGGUACAGGCUGUAUUCAGCAUGCUGUGGUCCACGCUGUUCAUCGAGUUCUGGAAGCGCCGGAGCUCCUCCCUCUCCCACCGCUGGGGCACACGCCACCUGACUGAGCGCUUCGCCGAGCCCCGCCCUGGCUUCCACGGCACCCUGGGGAUCAACCCUGUGACAGGCCGUCUGGAGCCCCUAUUCCCGGAGUGGCAGAGGCAGCUGCGUGUGUGCCUGGUGUCGUUGCCCCUAGUAGGGCUGUUCCUGGGACUGGUGGUGCUGGGCAUGACAGGCUUCUACCACGGAGAGGCCCUGGUACAGGGCUUCCAUCAGGACAGCGGAUCCCUGUUCUCUGGAGCUCUGCUCUACCUGCCCUCUAUAGCCCACACAGUCUACACCAACAUAUUGAAGAAUGUGUACCACACUGUGGCCAUGCAACUCACCAAGUGGGAAAACCACAGAGAGGAGUCCUCCUUCCAGAACCAUCAUACCACCAAAGUCCUCCUGUUCACUUUCUUCAACAACUUUGCUGUGCUCUUCCACAUUGCCUUCUACAAACAGGACCUACCACUGCUACGCAAGAAGCUUGCCUCUCUGCUAAUUUGGAACCAGCUGGUGAACCAGCUUACAGAGGUUGUGGUGCCGUUUAUAGUCGACCGCUUCCUCAGUGCUCCCCAUAAGAAAGAGCAGGAGGACAACCUAGAGGUGGACAAACUCAGAGCUCAGAGAAGCCUUCCACCCUUUCCAGGCCUGUUUGCGGAGUACAUUGAGUUGCUGCUGAAGUUUGGAUAUUUGAGUCUGUUCUCCUGUGUGUACCCGCUCACCGCCGUCCUCCUGCUCCUCAACAACAUCACAGAGAUCCCAGGGGAUGCCUACAAGAUUUGCAAACUGUUCCGGAAGCCAUUCUCUGCCCCUGUAUCCAACAUGGGGGUGUGGCAGACAGCGUUUGAGGUUCUGGGCUUUGUCUCAGUCAUGUCUAACUGCUGGCUGCUGCUGCUGUCCCCUCGCGUCCAGAAGUUCUGUCUGGAGGGAGGGAUCAGCGGCAAGAACAUCAUACUCUUCGCCAUCCUGGUCGAGCAUGUCCUGAUCCUGGUCAAGAUGAUUCUAGCUUUUAUGAUACCAGCCGAGCCUGACUGGGUCAGAAUCAAGAGGGAACAGAUCGAGUUCCACUCUAUGCAAGCUCUAGGGCAGCAGGUUUCCUGCGGGAAUGCAGUCCUCUACUUUGUGGGACAGUAGGACCCAGAGCUGCAGACAGACAGAGGCAGGCAGACCUGG